AUUCAUUCUCAUUUCGUUUGUCGUGGCGAGUGGACGUCGUCUGCUCUUUGUCGCCUGCCGUUGUUACCGUUUGCCGUCGUGUGUGUUGGCAUUGUCCAAGCUCGUAAUUUAGUUAACUGUGGUAACACGGACCGCGAGUUCUUAACGUUUAUCGCAUGUACGUAACGUGUCUCGCCUCGUCUCUUUCACUGCAUGUGUGUGUCUAUGUGUGUGUGUGUGCCAGUUAGACAAUAAAAUAUUGAUGCCAAACACCGCACGAUAAACUCAAGGACGACCGCAAUUGAGAUACAGUCUUAAAGUCAAGUGUUCUAACUACUCGUUCGCGUUAGCUCUCGCUAAUUGGCGUCGAGUGUGUGUUUUUCUAAAUAGUGCGCAAAUUAUAAAAUUAAAAUCACGUUAAAGCAACUGCGAAUUUUUUAUAAAUUUUUUUUUCUGUGUGCCGUAAACAAUAAGAAUAAAAACGAAAACUGAUUUAAACAAAACGGAAAAAAAGAAUAUACAAUUGAAUUCUUGUGCGAAAAGUGAACGACAAGAAAAGUCAACAACAACAAAAACACCAACAACAGCAGAGCCAAAACAAACAACCAGAAGAGGAAAAUGGGCCAACUGCAAAGGCAGCGAGUGGCUCAACUCGCCACACUCUAUGUGGUGCUCUGUAGCUGCUUGACUAUAGAGUUAAGCAGCGCUCAGCAGCAGCCCAAGCUGGAGAUCUAUCCUACACAGGAAGUGCAAAGGAAGCCCGUGGGCAAGCCCCUCAUAUUGACCUGUCGCCCAACUGUGCCAGAUCAGACACUGGUCACCGAUCUGCAAUGGAAGGACAAUAUGAACAAUACGAUUUUGCCCAAGCCGAGCAAUUAUGAUCCACUAUAUGAUUCCAAGGGAAAUAAAAAGAAUGUAACGGGACGCAACCAUCCACCGAUGUACACGGAGACGCUGCCCGGCGAAAGUUUGGGCCUGAUGAUUAGCUCGCUCUCCAGCGAAAUGGGCGGCCAAUAUUUUUGUACGGCUUCAUAUGCAAAUACCGAAAUACUCCAGACAAGCGUUACAAUUAAAACUUAUGUGGCUAUUACCUGGACAAAUGCGCCGGAGAAUCAAUUUCCUAUACUGGGCGAUGAUUACGUGGUGAAGUGCGAGGUGAAAGCCGAUCCCAAUCCAACCAUUGACUGGCUGCGCAAUGGCGAUCCGAUACGCACAGAUUCGAAGCACGUGGUGCAGACACAUGGCUUGCUCAUACGCGACGUGGCCGAAACAGAUGACGGUAUCUACACCUGUCGUGCGGCAGUCAUCGAAACGGGUGAACUUCUGGAGCGUACCAUUCGAGUGGAAGUCUAUAUCGGUCCAGUAAUAACACAUCUGCCCGCCAUACUGGAGGCUGUUGAGGGCAAACCGUUUGCCGCCAAUUGCACGGCAACUGGUAAACCGGUGCCGGAGAUAAGCUGGAUCAAGGACUCUGUGCAGCUAAAUGUGGCCAAUGCGGAUCGCUUUAAGGUGGAUGCCCAAACGGGUCUGUUGACCAUCAGCUCGGUUACCCAGGAGGAUUACGAUACCUAUACGUGCAUUGCCAAGAACGCUGCCGGCGUUGUGGAUAAGAAGACCAAGCUAACUGUGCUCGUUCGUCCCUCUGUCUAUGAGCUGUACAAUGUGACGGGUGUCACUGGCAAGGAAAUUGCCAUCACCUGCCGCUCUAAGGGACGUCCCGCACCGGCCAUCACUUUCCGUCGUUGGGGCACCGAACAGCAGUACACGCCUGGCGUCCAAAUGGACGAUGAACGCAUCACUCUCGAACAAUAUUUUGAUGAGGAACGCGGCGAGAGCACCGGCACCUUGCGAAUUGCACGAUCCCAGCGCACAGACGACGGCUUGUAUCAGUGCAUUGCCAAGAACAAGGGUGACACCGCCUACAAGACUGGACACAUUGCCGUUGAAUUCCCGCCAGAUUUUACGCACAUGAAGGAAUUGCCGCCGGUAUUCAGCUGGGAGCAGCGCAUGGCAAAUCUUAGCUGCUUGGCUAUGGGCAUACCGAAUGCGACCAUCGAAUGGCGCUGGAAUGGACGCAACAUUAAGGAUCUGUAUGACACGAAUCUCAAGAUCGAAGGCACCGGACCACGCAGCGAUCUCAUUGUUCAUCCAGUGACCCGGCAAUAUUAUUCCGCCUACAAGUGCAUUGCCACCAAUAUCCAUGGCUCUGCCGAGCACGAUAUGCAGCUGAAGGAGGCGCGCGUACCGGACUUUGUAACGGCAGCUGUGCCCCGCCAGCUGACGGCGACCACCAUCACCUUCGAUAUACGCGGCCCGGCCACAGAGCUCGGCCUGCCCAUACUGGCGUUCAGUGUACAAUACAAGGAGGCACUCAAUCCGGACUGGUCGACGGCUCUGAAUCGUAGCUGGUCACCCGACUCGCCGUACAUUGUUGAGGGACUGCGUCCACAGACCAUGUACAGUUUCCGUUUUGCGGCACGCAAUCAAGUUGGUCUUGGCAAUUGGGGUGUGAAUCAACAGCAAUCGACGCCGCGUCGUUCCGCGCCCGAGGAGCCCAAGCCAUUGCACAGCCCCGUACAGAACGAUAAGGAGGAACCGGUCGUCGUCUCACCCUAUUCGGAUCACUUUGAGCUUCGCUGGGGCGUGCCCGCUGACAAUGGUGAGCCCAUCGAUCGCUACCAGAUCAAGUACUGUCCGGGCGUUAAGAUGGCCGGCACCUGGCACGAGCUGGAGAAUCGCUGCAAUACGGUCGAGGUUGUGGAGACCACAUCUUAUCAGAUGUCCGAUCUGAGCGGCAAUACGUAUUAUCGCAUCGAGCUUAAGGCACACAAUGCCAUCGGCUAUUCAUCGCCGGCAUCUAUCAUUAUGAAAACGACCAGAGACAAACCGUAUCCGUAUUCAUCAAGCAGCGCCACGAAUCGACUGCUUGCCAACAAUGCACAAAUGCUCGCGAUGCCGCUGCUGUUGCUGAUGCUUUUGAUGUCGACACGCACUGCUUAAGCGCUUGUAACAAGCAGUACACCAAGCAGUGCACGGAACAACCGGAGGAUGAUGCUUCAAGCCUACCGCUGCAAAAUUUUCGUUUCGUUUUGUUUUAUUUUAUGUUAUUUUAUUUUUGUUCAUCAAUCUGUCGACAAUUUGUAUAUAAUAAUAAGGAAAAUACCAAAAAUACCAAAUAUGAAAUACACAAACACAACAUACACAUAUAUAGCAUGUUGAGCUAUAAACGUGAAUGUAUUUCGUACCAACAUGAAUACCACAUAUGAUAAUUACUUAUCACUAGGGUGUUAAAAAUAUCUGCGCUAUACACUAUAUGAUUCCAUUCAAUGUACAAAACACAAACUGCUAAAUGCCAAAAAAGAAAAAGAAAAAAAAUACGAACGUUUAAUCAUAUACCAUAUAUACGAGUACUUAGGCACAGACAAACGCGUUUUUAAACUUAAGUAUCAACAACUUGUUAAGUCAUACGAAGGUUUAUUUAGAGUUUUAAUACGUAUUGCAGACAUAUGUAUGCACCAUUUCAUUCGUCACAUAUGUAUGUAUUAAAGGUCAGUUCUCUUCCAUUUGCCUUACCUACGUAACUACCUUAUAAAAGCUGCUCAGUUUUCCGUUGUUUAAUAUUUAAAAUUUGAUAGCAAUACGUCAUGUGGAUAAAGCACUGCCAAGCCAAAGCAAUUAAUGUUUUUCGUACGCGAAACCACAUUUUAUUAGAGAGUAUUAUAAUAAUAUCACAAAGCCCAAACUACUUAGAUCGUUAGUAGAUGUGGCAAAUCAUAUAAGGGGCAGCCAAGUGCAUUCACUUUUGAUUCAAUUCUUCAGUUACAGCUAGAUCAUAGCUUUUCCAGCGAGAAUAACAGUUUCUGCUGUGAUCUUGACAAAACUGUCGAUUCGAUUCGAAACUGAAAUUGCAAAUAAGCCUCGGAAGUUUUAUACAAAACGUUUCUGCUAGAUAAAACUAUACAACUGGCAAUUCUUUUAAAUAGCCAACGAUAAGUAUCCUAUGCUUCCUUCGUUCUGGUAGAAAAAAAAUACCACCGUUAUAAAGCCAUUCAAUCCCAAGUUGUCCGUUUCAAGUUUUGGGUUUUUCUAGUAUGUGACUUAAGAGCUGUUUGUUUUUUUUUUAUUGAACGUAUACGUUAAGGGGACAAUAAGUAACUACAAGUAAAAUAAAAAGAAAAGAAAAAAAAAAACCAAAAAAAAAAAAAAAA